GAGCAGGAAGUUGAUACUUGUUAUUUCUGUUUUGAACUUCCAUGGAAAAGGAGUGUAUUCCAGGACAAUUAACUGUUCUUGUCCUCUUAAAAGGACAGAUGAUGUAAACCUUAAACAGAAGUGUGAUUAUUUGGAGUUAAUAUUAAAGCGGAGAGAGAGAAGACAUGGCUGGGAAAGGUGGACCAAAUCUUCAUAUGCAGAAUUCGCAGGAAGUACCUCACAUACAAUGCGUUGAAGAUCUUACGCAUUUAAACAUCCGACAUGUGACUACCCUCGCGAAAACAUGGGGUGUCGACUUGUCAGGGUUGAAAACUAAAGACGAGAUGCAAGAGAAGCUGAUUAAAUACUGGCUCGAGCAUCGACAAGAUCAAGGUCCAGACUCGUCCCCCGAGCCACCAGACCUUGCUGGCGCUUUUAAAGAACAUCAAAAGACCCGAACGUCUCUGUAUGAUAGAUAUAAGAAAGCAGAACAUCUGUAUGAAAGUUUUACACAGAAAAUAAAAGCAAACUUGGAACAAUCCCACCAAGAUGUCAGACGCAUUUUCAGAGAUAGAAAAGAAUCUUUAAGAACUGGGGAAUGUACCAUUGUCAUAGCGGGGGAAGUUGGUGCAGGAAAGACGAGUCUACUUAACCUGCUUCUUGAAACUCAGAUAUUUCCAUCAGACUCUUUAAAAUGCACGAACACUAUUGUUGAAAUACGAUGCAGUGACAAGAAGGACGCCAUUUUCUACUUUAAGCCGCAGCUGUCUGACAGCGGCGAGAGAGAGCGGAAGAUACCGCCGAAAAUCAUUAGUCUGAAGAGCUUAAACGGGAUCCAGGAGUUCAAGGAUUGUGUGGCAGAAUACGACCAAUCAGAUGACAAUCCCUAUGACAGAUGUGAGGUUUUCUAUCCCUUCAAAACACUAAGUAAAGGUGUGGUGAUAGUGGAUACACCCGGUAUAGAAGGUGGAAGCAAUGUGGAUCAGAGAUUACACACAUAUCUGUCAAGAGCUUUUGGGUUUAUUUACGUCAUCAACACGAACACUGCUGGCGGUGUUCAACAAAGCAGGCUCGGGCACCUGCUCAAGACCGUGGUCAACGACAGCGAGGAUUUCAGCCCGGAAGCGUCUCUCUUCAUCGGCAACAAAUGGGAGCACGUGCCAGAAAAAGACAGAGCAGACGUUCAGAGAGAUAUCUUCUACAAACUGGAUCAAGUGUAUCCGGGUAUCAGACAAAACCAGAUACACUAUAUGUCUAUAAAGAAGUCGGCGGAACUUCUGAUUAAAUACAACACAAAACAAGAAGAACAUAGGAUUCUGUUGACUAAAGUUGCCCACCUUGUUCCAAGCAGUCUAAGACAAGGAAUGUCAUCACAUUACUGGUGGUUGUCCUCGUUUUUGGCGCGUUCAUCAUAUCUUUUACGCGUGACAAGCGUCCAGCAUGCAAUGACACGUGAAGAACUAGAAAAACAGUUUGACGGCCUUCGCAAGCAAGUGGAGAAUCUACAUAAAAACACUGAUGAGAGUAUUGGGCGUCUCCGACUAAAAGUGGAAUAUGAAAUCAAAAGAAUUACAGAUAUGAUUCAAAAUGUCCUUAGAGACAAAAACUUUGUUAACAGGAUCUGUAACUGGGAAGACACAAACGAAUGUCCAAAGCCAGAUAAGAAAUGGAAGAGCACAGUAGAUGUGGCAGCUAUGAAAAUAUCUGAACGAAUUUCACGUGAAUUGGAUGGCUGGCAGAGACAAAAGCAAUUGCUCUAUACUAUAGACAAGGACAUUAUUGCAGUGUUCAGUAAAGAACUCGGACUUAUGGAUGACCAGAUAAAAGAACUUGAAGAGUAUUUGUCAACUAGCCGUAAAGGUAGCAUGUGUAAGACUAUGCGAGUUGUGCCAGUGAAAGCUUUGUUCGCAAAGAAAAAGAAGAAAGUAGAAAGGACCUACUCAACGCUAGGUGGCGCUGUCAGCUGUGUGGGAAUGCUGGACACUGACAAGAAAGAUGUUCGGAAGAUAUUUAAGAAGGACUAUAACAGCUCAAACAAGGCAAAGAAAAUGACAGAGGCGACUUUACUGUUCCUGGACACAAUUCUCGGACACAAGGAUUUUGGUGUAAAACUUAGAAAAUUCUUUGACCGUUUCUUCAAAGACAUUGACGAAGCUGCAAAAAGAAUCCCGGGAUUUCUGAAAGCCGACGAGCAGCUGAUAGAAACUUUACGCCACAGUAUAGAAGAAGACGAUCGCCUGAAAGAGAAGCUUCCUGAGCUCGUCGGUGAAACCGCAGAUCUUCUUGGAAAACUCGAUAUCUUCUAUAUCAAUGAAAUCAUGAAGUUUGACUAUGAGCUGUCAGAAUUGGAAUGGAAAGAUAAAAAAGUACUUGGAAGUGGAAGCUUUGCACAGGUUUACAAGAGCACUAUUAUGAAGAAGAAUAAACCAGUCGCAAUAAAGGUAUCCACUGAUGAGGUCAAUCAGUCCAAUGUUACAGAUAUUUUGACAGAGGACAGAACAAUGAGGGAUUUACGGAAUAAGAAUAUCGUGCGAUAUUACGGUGCUUCAUAUGUGAAAACUUCGAAAGGACUGCAAUGGAUAAUGGUGAUGGAAUUGUGCAAGACAACUCUUAAACACAUAUAUACAGGAAGUGAAAAGGUGGACCGUAACAUUCCUGGUUCGCUGGACAAGGACCACCCACGUUACACAGAAGCGGCAAGAAGUAUGCUUGACCACGCCUUCCAAAUCUGUCUUGGUCUGGGUUAUAUACACGAGAAAGGAUACACACAUAGAGAUAUGAAAUUAGAAAACGUUCUGCUGGCAGAAGAUAAUGUCAUCAAGAUCACUGAUGUGGGCGUGGCCAAAGUGACGCAGAUGCUUGUGCGCACAGCUAACGGAUCUCCUGCUUAUAUGGCACCGGAAGUGCUUCUCUCUAGCAAAAUCCAGACGAACAAAAUUGACAUAUACAGUUUUUCACUUAUGUUCUGGGAAAUGUGGUUCGGAAAAGAUGUAGCAGACGAAAUCAACAAAAGUUGUCUUGGAUACGGUUUCCAUGGUAAUGCAAUGGAUGCGCUCAAAUCUAAUAUAGCAAAAUCAGAGGGCUGGAGGCCGCCAUUAAGCUCCUCAAAGCGUCCCCCGGACGCAAUAAUUGAUCUGUUAAAAAGGGGAUGGGCCUUCGAUCCGGAAAUGAGACCAAGUGCAAAGGACUUUGGUAGGACCUUAGGGAAUUUUCUACAAAAUAACCUAUAGACAACAUCAAAUGAUAGACAACUUAUUUUUGAUAGCAAAAAUAAAAACACUCCCGAUACACGCAAUGUUAUGGUUAGAGGGUAUUUAUUCAUCCUAAUAAUAUACUGUUUAGUGUUAUUUAUCAAAAAUGGCAGAUUGAGGACUGUACAAAAGCGUUUAUUGAACCACAUUAAUUAUAACUUUUUCUGCACUCAGCAUCGGAAAUGACCUCAACAUCCGGGUACAAUUAAGUGUUGCGGCAUUUUCAUCACGUAACAUUAUAUAGCUCACGUAUUAUUUUUUAUUGUUAUUAGUUCUCUUUAUGCGAUCGUUUAUUCAUAAAUUGUUAUGUUGAAUAGGCAAAUCAAAAAGUCAUGCGAAACUUUCAAACACGUUAUUCCUUUUGUAGAAUUAAGUACUCUUUAUUAUUAUUAUUAUGUUGGUCUUUGCUGGCAAACGUUCGAAAUUGGCUCCUUACUUAUAAAUAACCCAAUCUUUAAAAUAAAAAUCUAAGAAAACAAAUCAAUUGGUUUCAAAAUUUACUAUUCUUAUUAUUAUAUCAUUAGUAUUUUGUAAAGGGGAGUAAGCGAAACCAUGAUGACAGUACAAUCUCGACUGUAGUGUUUCAAGCUAUCUUUACUAUAUAUUUUCGUACCGAUGGUCUCACAUCUCAUGGCAACAGUCAAACGCAAACUCAAAAAAUAUUUACAAUAGAAAAUUUACAACUACUGAUUUUAUAUGAUUGAUAUCAUAUCCCAUUGACUAUUCCGAACAUUCUGGACACACUCUACAUCAAUGGAGUGAAAGAGAGUAGUACUCCGGAAUGUUCAGAACGCGUGAUUUAAAAAAACUUGGUGCAGAUUGCACAAUCACGUGAUAAAUAUUUACGACAACGGAAAGCAGAUAUUGGUUCCUACGAACUAUGGAUAAUUUCAAUAACACAGUGUACCAGGUCGAAACAAAUUUUGAAAAUCCAUAAAUGAGUGAAAAAGGUAUUGAAAAUAAAAAAAAAUUGCGAUCUUAAACACAAACAAUGUAAAGACAUUUGUUUUGCCCACCACCAGGUAAAAGAUGCUAAUGUGUGACGUCACGGCGAUCUCUCCUAUACUAUGAUUUGCUUUGACAACAAUUAGAAGAUAACUUCAGAAUUUUAGAACAAUGGGUUCUGAGUGGCCAAAGGGAUGUGACCCUGGAUUUAUGUAUUGAAAUUGCCACGUAUGCCUUCUUAAAGCACGUGAAAAUAAUGCUCCAUAAAUCCAGUAUUUAAUUACCAUGACAACGACAUUUUAAUAAUAAUAUCUGUCAUGUGUUUACGAAUCGGAUAGAAAUAUCCGUCCCGAGGGCACCUGCGCAUUGGGCUGUUUUGAGGUUUGCCGAAUUACCGCCCAUGCACAGGUGGCAGAGGGACGGAUAUUUCCAUCCGAUUCGUAAACACAUGACUGAUAUUUUUUCUUGCAUAUCGUCUACAUGUUAGCAUUUUAUUCUGGUAGAUUAUUUUUCUUGCAUACCGUCUUUUACAAAUAACGGGUAGAAAUAUUUUUUGCAGCACUUUUUCUUAUAGUAUAGCGCGAGAAAUUAACGUCCGUCAGCAGAAGUGACAUCACGAGGUUUUGCGUUACGCACAAUAACAAAGUUCCACUUAAGUUUUAUCAUUUGUAGCGUAACGUUAUGUUCUUAUGGUAAACUAACGUAUUUUGAAUCGAGAAAUAUACUAUAAGGAAAUGAGAGAAACUAUCAAGGUACUUGUUUUUUUUUCGUAUUUUUACAGAAACAAUAUAUUAUCAUUGCAUAAACCACUGGUUGUCAUUAACAGCACGAGAGUCAUCUGGCAUGGGGGGUGCCAGAUGGGAUUUGCCGGCAUGGGUAAAAUCACCGGAAACGCCAGUCCGGUGUGCAAGAAUGAAUUUUCCACUUGUUUCUAUGUACAUGUUUUUGUACUGCUGAUUCAUAAUGCUCAAAUUUGCAAUGCUCAUUCCAGUUUGUUUAAAAAAUGUUGUAUCAACAUGCGUCAUAUAGUCAGCGGUUUUGCACAGUCUUGUUACUUUUUUGUUUAUAUAUGUGUGUCUGUGUGUGUUAUCAAUAAAUGUUAGAGGAAAACGAAA